AUGAGCUGCCCAAACAUGGCUCUGCUGCGUGUCCUUUCCCGGGUCGCAGGUGCAGGACCAGCCAGCUGCCAAAGUCUCUCCCGAUGUCUGCACAGCAGUCCCUCUUCUUCCUACAAGUAUGUGAAUGUGAAGAAGCCCACCAUGGACUUGAAGUCUGUGACUGACCGUGUAGCCCAGACCCCGCUGUGGAUGGAGCUCUUCCGAGGUUUGGGGGUGACUCUGAGUUACCCGUUCCGGGAACCCUCCACCAUCAACUAUCUCAACUAUCCCUUUGAGAAAGGCCCUCUGAGCCCCGGUUUUCCUGGGGAGCACGCCUUGAGGCGCUACCCUUCGGGGAGGAGUGGUGUAUCGCCUGCAAAACUCUGCGAGACCGUCUGCCCAGCCCAGGUCAUCACCAUUGAGGCUGAGCCCAGGGUGGACGGCAGUGGGAGGACGACCCGCUAUGACAUCGAUAUGACCAAGUGCAUCUACUGUGGCUUCUGCCAGGAAGCCUGCCCCGUGGACGCCAUCUUGAAGGGUCCCAACUUUGAAUUCUCCGCUAAGACCCAUGAGGAGCUGCUAUACAACAAAGAGAGACUUCUCAAUAAUGGGGACAAGUGGGAAGCUGCCAACAUCCAGGCGGACUUCCUGGACCCGUGAAGCUCCAGCUCCGACGCCACUACCCUCACACCCCAUCUGGUCCAAGGGCAGCAGCCGCCCUUGGUCUGGACCCCUUGAGAUAAAGCCUAGAAACGUGGAAACAACAACAACAACAAAACCCUAAGAUUCUGAUUUAGAACCCAAAAGGUAGAAUUCAGACCCAAAUCUCUAUUUAGAUAUCCUGUUUAAUUAAAUUUGCUUUAAAAAAAAAAAUGAAGUCUAGUGAUAGUCACCUCCAUUUCUGAAUAUAUCUUCCCUACCCCCACUCCACCCCUCCCCACCCCCAACACUCCUGGCAAGUGAUUCAUUGUAACCAAAAAUAAAAAAAAGAAAGAGACAAAGGAAGAAAGAAAGCAGUUGAACGAAACCAACCAAUACAACAGCUGCUUAUGUUACUGUUAAAAACGACAAUUACUAGGUGCUUGGAGAGAGCAUUGUUACUGUUACACUGGCAUAGGAUUCUAAAGUUAGACAGCUAGUCUGUGACUGAGUAUCAGAUUAACAAUUCUAAGGGCAAAAAUCUUUGUUAUAUUUCCCCAUGACUACAAAUAUCACCUGUAAUCCUUA